CUCGGGGCGGCGGUGGCCGGGGGAGGUGGUGAGGCAGCCGGGCCCAUCCUCUGCUGGCGGCGGCGGCGGCACCGGCACCAUGUACGGCUUCGUCAAUCACGCCCUCGAGCUGCUCGUCAUCCGCAACUACGGCCCCGCCGUCUGGGAGGACAUCAAGAAGGAGGCGCAGCUGGAUGAAGAGGGACAGUUUCUGGUCAGAAUAAUUUACGAUGAUUCCAAAACUUAUGACCUUGUUGCAGCUGCAAGCAAGGUCCUCAAUCUAAAUGCUGGGGAAAUUCUUCAAAUGUUUGGGAAGAUGUUUUUUGUGUUUUGUCAAGAAUCUGGUUAUGAUACAAUUCUACGUGUUUUGGGCUCAAAUGUCAGAGAGUUUUUGCAGAACCUGGAUGCUUUGCAUGACCACCUUGCUACUAUUUACCCGGGUAUGCGAGCCCCUUCCUUUAGAUGCACUGACGCGGAGAAGGGGAAGGGACUCAUUCUGCAUUACUAUUCUGAAAGAGAAGGUCUGCAGGAUAUUGUCAUUGGAAUCAUCAAAACAGUAGCUCAACAGAUCCAUGGUACAGAAAUAGAUAUGAAGGUUAUUCAACAGAGAAAUGAGGAGUGUGACCACAUUCAAUUUUUAAUUGAAGAGAAAGAGUCUAAAGAAGAGGACUACUAUGAGGACCUUGACAGAUUUGAAGAAAAUGGUACCCAAGAGUCUCGCAUCAGUCCUUAUACUUUCUGCAAGGCAUUUCCUUUCCACAUCAUAUUUGACAGAGAUCUGGUGGUCACACAAUGUGGCAAUGCUAUAUACAGAGUCCUUCCACAGCUACAGCCAGGAAAUUGCAGUCUGUUGUCAGUUUUCUCCUUGGUCCGGCCUCAUAUUGAUAUUAGCUUCCAUGGGAUCCUCUCCCAUAUCAAUACAGUCUUCGUACUGAGGACUAAGGAGGGGCUGUUGGAUGUGGAAAAGUUGGAGUGUGAAGAUGAACUGACUGGCACAGAAAUCAGCUGCUUACGCCUGAAAGGGCAAAUGAUCUACUUGCCUGAAGCAGACAGUAUUCUCUUUCUUUGUUCACCAAGUGUGAUGAACUUGGAUGAUUUAACCAGAAGAGGUUUGUAUCUGAGUGAUAUUCCAUUGCAUGAUGCUACCCGUGAUCUAGUUCUUUUGGGAGAGCAGUUCCGAGAGGAAUAUAAACUGACCCAGGAGCUUGAAAUCCUCACUGACAGACUGCAGCACACACUGCGUGCACUGGAAGAUGAAAAGAAAAAGACAGACACGUUACUGUACUCUGUUCUGCCGCCAUCAGUGGCAAAUGAGCUGAGACACAAGCGCCCUGUUCCAGCCAAGCGCUAUGACAACGUCACCAUUCUUUUCAGUGGCAUUGUGGGAUUCAAUGCCUUUUGUAGUAAACAUGCCUCUGGAGAAGGAGCCAUGAAAAUUGUCAAUCUUCUAAAUGAUCUUUACACAAGAUUUGAUAUUCUGACUGAUUCACGAAGGAAUCCAUUUGUUUAUAAGGUGGAAACAGUUGGGGACAAGUACAUGACAGUGAGUGGUCUACCAGAGCCUUGCAUGCAUCAUGCACGAUCUAUCUGCCACCUGGCUUUGGAUAUGAUGGAAAUAGCAGGCCAAGUUCAAGUAGAUGGUGAGCCUGUACAGAUAACCAUAGGCAUCCAUACUGGUGAGGUAGUCACAGGUGUCAUAGGUCAAAGGAUGCCACGGUACUGUCUCUUUGGAAAUACCGUCAAUCUAACAAGCAGAACAGAAACUACUGGAGAAAAGGGAAAGAUCAAUGUCUCCGAAUAUACUUACAGGUGUCUUAUGACACCAGAAAAUUCAGAUCCUCAGUUCCACCUGGAGUACAGAGGUCCAGUUUCUAUGAAGGGCAAAAAAGAGCCAAUGCAGGUUUGGUAUUUGUCCAGAAAGAGUACAGAGACAGAGGUAUGAGUAACUAGAGUGUAAUUUUGGGUUUUUUUUUCAAACAUAAACAUUAAAAAUUUAAUGUAAACCACGGAGAUUCAUUUACAUUUGCAAAACUAAAUGUUCCAUAGAAAAAAAUGAUGAGUUUUGUGCAACACUCUUUCAUUAACACAUUUAUUAUCUUGACAGUACUUGAAAAUCCUUGAUUAUUUGUCUUUGCAGUUUGUGCAGUUCCUGAAAGAAUACUUCUGAUUUCAAAAAGUCCUUGAGGGAAUGCCAAGUGUUUAAAUAUUUAUAUCUCCCUCUUACAGAUUUCUGCAGUCUACUAGGUUUUGCAAUAUAAUGUCGGUUUCUGUUUAGCUGACAUGUCUGGUUAUCAGCACUUCAAAAUUUGCCAUUUGCUUUCUUUCAGUGAGUGAAAAAAUGUGCCUUCAAAUAUUUAGGCAACAGUCAAGCAACUAUUUGCAAGCAGGUUCACACCUGAUUAGUAUGGGGGUCUCUUAACCCCAGAUGGCACCUGCUUUUUCAGAGACUGUUGCAUGGCAGAGGUCCCACUUUGGAAAUACACAAAACUAUUUUUUGUAAAUGGCAUAUCAGCUUAAGUCCUCUUCUCAAAAUGAGGUAGGGUAAAGCUCUUCAAGCACUGAGGGACCUUAAAGCUAAUGCCUCAGUUUCAGAAUUCUGGGCAUGUAUUAUCCAGAAAUUCAGUAAAAACCAAUGAGAUCUAGGCUCAAACUGUAGACUUAGACAAUGAGGUUACAGUAUGCCAGCUGCUUUGCCAUAGAUGAGCAGGUGCAUACAUUCCAUCCAUUGUCAACAGGAAUUAAAAAAAAAAGUAAUUUACAUAGCUUGAAUUUUGCCCUGAAGUAACACAGAAAGAAGGAGUUUUCAGAUAAUGUAUUUAAUCUUAAAAACACACUUGACUAAAAUAAUGAAAGUCAUCAGUUACCUUGGCUGAAAUAAUUCUUAUAGGUCAGAGGAAAUUAAUUAUGUGUCUGAAUGCUCAUGUACUUCUGAAAUUGUAAUUUAGACUGUUAAACUGUUUAGGCUUUUUUAGGAGAUCUAAUCCAGAUUUAUUACUAUUGGUACUCAAGUAUAUGAAUAUUGACUUUUUAAUAGUAACUCCCAGUAUUAACCCUCCUGUACUUUAACUCUGUAUUUUAAUUCUGUAUUUUAAUAUAUAUUACUUACAAUUAUAUUCUGGGUGCCACUUUUGAAAAUACUUUUCUAUUCUUAUUCUACAGUAAGAUAACUAUAAUUUCACAUGGCUACCAUUAUUUCAAAUCUAUUGUUCUAUUUAAAAUAUAUUUUAAUUAAACACCUUUUACUUUUUUUUCACAUUAUAAAUGUUGUAGCAGGGCACAUUAUAAUUUUAAAUGUAAAUUUCAGAGAGGUACUGAGUCAGGUGGGUAUUUUCCUUGUUUCAGCCUAACACAUGUUUAAUAUGAAUAUAUGAUUCAGGUAGUUUAAGACUUUAAAUAUUGCAAUUGCUUUUCAGAGGUCUUGUACAACAGCUAGUUUUGUUAAUCCUCACAGCAGUCCUGAGAGACACUUGCUGAUAUUAUUAUCCAGUAAUUGAGCUUUGUAGAGGGAGACAUGGGGGCAGGAAUAAACCUGACUGAGAAAUAGUGAGCUUGAUUUUCAGGAGCACUUAUGACUCACAGUUUAAGCACAAUCAAAAAGUCUUUCUAAUUUUGUUAGUUUUUGUUAAUUCUGAAAUUCAGAUAUAGAUGUAAUUCUUAAGAGACAUAAGGACUUCUCCCGAGACAGGUAUCUUCUAAAUUGUACUAAGUUUGGGAGCAUAGGAGAAUAGAAAAAUACAGUGAUGUGAUGAUGUGAGCUGAUAAUAAUUUUGUCAGAGGUGAUUUUGAAAAGUGAAAGAAUCUAUUCCUCUAACCUUUUGAUUCUUUUUCACUCCCUGCACAAUUUCAUCUGUCCAUACACAAAAAAUGCACAAAGUUUUAUUCUUUUAACAUUUUUUGAACUGUUCACAGUUUCCGCUGUGAAGGUACUAUUCAUGUUUUUUUCUGGAACUUUAUAGGCUCUGCAUAAUAGUUUUAAUCCAAACUAUUUAAUCCAAAUAGUUUUAAUCAGUAAAUUAAAUAACCAUUUUUUAAUGUUUGAUCACUUUAAAGUAAUCACUUUGCUUUAUGCACACAUGUAGUCUUGGUUUUCUUUCCAGAAGUUUUUCAGAAUGCUGAUGUAUUAUUGUGUGCAGUGCCAUUUAUUUCAGGGGACUGUACAUAACAAUAAAUAAGGGCAUGUUAACAUAUAUUCAGAAACUAUAUGGUUAACUUCCUGAAGGGUCACUCCAGAAUAUUAGAAUAUUGCAAGAAGUGGCAUAUAGAAGUACGCACAAAAAUAUUUUUUAAAUCAUCCUGAAUAUACUUCUGCUAAUUUUGCUUUUACUGUGAAGUGUUCUACCUCCAAUAUCUUCAAUCUAGAAUUGAUGCACAUUAGUGAUGUAUUUUUCUUUUCAUUAUAUCCAUUAGAGAGUUACUAGCUCAGCAUUUGCAGCCCUAUCAGCAUGAUAUUUUAAGGACAUGGUGAAGAAAAAGGACAAAAUAUUUACAGAUGCCAUAAGAGAUGUGAAACCAAGGCUUAAAAUACGCUUUUGCUCUGCUAGACCAGUAGAAAAUGAUAGGGCUGAAGCAGCUCAGCAUGCCUCAGUCUUGAUUCCUGGCUUGACAUCUCUAAUACCAGUCCCCAUGAGCAGCAGUUACUUCUGAGAAAGACCUAAUUUACAAGAAUAAGUAUUGGUUUGGAGUGCUGCUCUUUCACCUUUUUUCUCUGAUGUCUCUUCCAUGCUACCAGUUCAGCAAUAAGUAGAACAGUAUCAGAAACACACACAGAACAAAGCAACUGUAACCAAUUAUUCAUUUUGCAUCUGCUUGUUUGCAUGUUAUAAGAUUAAUUAUUACUGUCUUCAUUAUUUUAACAGAGGUUCAGCUGAAGUUUCUCUCUUGAGAAACAGAUUUGUUGUAAAAAAUAAAUCUUGCUAAGAGCCUCAGAUGUAUGACUGUAAUUGUACUCCCUCUCCAGUUUUUAAUAUCUUUCUGUUCUGCCCUGUUCCCACAUUACUGGUGGGAACAAAUUGAAAUAUCUCUGGCAGAGCUGGUAAUUCACCAGGAAUUGUUUCAUUCCUACAUACAAUGCAUUCAAAAGAAAUACAUGCACCACCUAUGCACUUUGGUUUCUUUAAUUUUUGUUAUUUACUGAUGCUGAUUGCAAGUUGUAAAAUGUAUUUUGUCACUGCAUUAACCCACCAUGUUAUUGCUUCAAAGAAGAUUCCUUAAUUCUCAAAUUCUGCUUGCAUGCUCUCAAGGAAACAAAGCAAGAUGCUUUCUGAGCUGAGGGAAGAGGAAGAGGACGCUGAAUAGGGUGCAAUACUGUCUCCAAAUAGGGUGCCAGGCAGUAAGGUUAUGUUAUGAAUGUUCUUUCACAUUAUAUCUCCCAUUGCCAUGUGUAAUACCAUUGUCUUUUGCCCUACUUCUGAAGUCAUACUUAACAUUUUUUCCCAGGCUUGCUUGCUAAUUUUUUGUCCUUAUUGUUUGGUACUGUUAUAUCUCUACUAUGAGCAUGUAUUUCAAGCUUUCCUUUUUUUGAUAUGCAUUUUUGCAUGUCAGUCAUGUGACCAUUCCAACCACCAGAUAAUAUUGAAUGAAACCAUGUAGUAUGCACGCCACAGCUAACCACUUCAAUCUGAUGCUUCACAUCUUCAUCUUCAUCUCUGAAGUACUAUGGUUAUGUGAAUUGAUGACAUUUCUGGAAAGAUAGGUAUUUCAGUUGAUAGGCAGAACAAUGAACCUAAGGAACUAUAUUUAAAAAAAAAUACCUAAAGCAGCAUUACAAAAAUUAUUGCAUAAAUAGUGUCAGAUUUAGUUCUGCUAUUACCAUGCUUCUCAUUCAUUUUGUGAAUAAUACUUGGUGCUCUGUAAAUUCCUGGUUAGAAAAAGGUUUCUCAUUUGAUAUCACCCUGCAUUUUCCCUUUGUGAACCCUGUAAACAUCUUCUGUAUUGGAAGGGGGAAGCUGUUUUUCUGAUACUGCCAUUUGAAGCAUGUGCCAAUGUACUUCUACUGAAAUGCUGUUCACUUGCAAUGUAUUUCUCAUUGAUUUAUAUAAACUAAAUUAAAUUGUCGUAUUAAUAAUAGAUUGCUGGACAAUUUUAGACCACUUGUAGUGCAUUGAUUUUCAUCUGAUGUAGCCCCUGGAGUUGGAAGGCAUGCUGCUGAGACAUGGUUGAUAUGGUUGCCUUUUGGUUUGGUCUCUCUAAUUUCAGAAAUGAUCUUAAUUUAUUCCUUGAGAAGACCUGGUAAUAUUCUAGGCAUCAUGACAUAAUUAAAGGAUGUAAAUCUUGGAAAGGGACAUAGUGUGUUUCAUCAGCUGAUACAGUUCCUAAAAGCGGACAAGUUUUCAGAUGCAUGGACCUUCCAUAACAUUAAUAUAUAGUGCAUUUCUAUGUGAAUAGUAUCUGUUCUUAUCUGACUGAUCAUUUCUGAAUAUUUGCAUUAUAAAAUAGAAUAGUGCAAUUACUUUGUGUAUAAAAAUUGUCUAUAUCUAGUAUAUCUUAUUAGCACAGAAUAUAUAUGUAUAAAUGUUUCAUGUUAAUGUGCAAAAGAAAUUGCAAUAAAUUAUUUUUUCCACUGA